CCCUCCCUCGGGCCAGUUUCCCGCUCCUCUGCCUUUAGUUUUGCGACAGUGUUGAAAACGCGCGGUGGGGGGUAGCUUUACGGCAGGAAGGUGAGAGGCUGAACAAUAGAGCGCGCGCAAGGAGGAAGAGGGGAGAGGAAGAGGCCGUGAGGAGAAAGAGAGAGAGAGAGAGGGGGGGGGGGAGAAGGGUCGAGGCUGGAUGCCCGGGGGCGGGGCCCGUGCGAGUUGUUCUGAGGGCGGCUGAGCCCCAGAGGCGGCGGGUUCGGUUCCCGGCCGCGGCCUUCCCGCCCGCGGCGGCCUUCCCUUCGGACUGGAGCCGCCCUGCCCUGAGGAGAAGAUGAGCCUCUCCCCGAAGGAGCUGUCGAGCCUGCUGAGCAUCGUCUCGGAGGAGGCGGGCGGGGGCAGCUUCGAGGGCCUCUCCACGGCCUUCCACCACUACUUCGGCAAGGCCGAGCACUUCCGCGUGGGCUCCGUGCUGGUGCUGCUCCUCCAGCAGCCCGACCUGCUGCCCACGCCGCCGCAGCGCCUCACCGCCCUCUACCUGCUCUGGGAGAUGUACCGCACCGAGCCCCUCGCCGCCAACCCCUUCGCCGCCAUCUUCGCCCACCUCCUCAACCCCGCGCCGCCCGAGCGCGCCAGCGCCGCCCCCGGAGCGCCCCCCGCCACCGCCGCCCAGCCCAACGCCAGCGCCGCCCCGGGAUCCGCGGGCCCCGGCUCAGCUGGGACAGGCCCGGCCGGAGCGGGGGGUGGAGGCGCCGGCGACGACGGCGAGAAGCCCCCGCUCUCAGGUUUUUUACCUCCAAUAACACCGCCAGAGAGAUUCUUUCUUUCCCAGUUGAUGUUGGCUCCCCCGAGAGAGCUGUUCAAAAAGACUCCACGGCAGAUUGCAUCAAUGGAUGUAGGAAAUAUGGGCCAAUCUGUAGACAUAAGUGGCCUCCAGCUGGCUUUGGCGGAGCGUCAGUCUGAGCUGCCUACACAGAGUAAAGCGAGUUUUCCCAGCAUUCUUAGUGACCCUGACCCAGAUUCUUCAAAUUCUGGUUUUGACAGUUCUGUCGCCUCCCAAAUCACUGAAGCUCUAGUGAGUGGACCAAAGCCACCUAUUGAAAGUCAUUUUCGUCCAGAAUUUAUCCGGCCACCACCUCCACUCCAUAUUUGUGAAGAUGAACUAGCUUGGUUAAACCCUAUAGAACCAGAUCAUGCCAUUCAGUGGGAUAAGUCAAUGUGUGUGAAAAACAGUGCUGGAGUAGAAAUUAAGCGAAUCAUGGCCAAAGCAUUCAAAAGUCCUUUGUCAUCACAGCAGCAAACACAGCUCCUUGGAGAACUGGAAAAAGAUCCCAAGCUUGUUUAUCAUAUUGGACUUACACCUGCCAAAUUACCUGACUUGGUGGAAAAUAACCCCCUAGUUGCCAUAGAGAUGCUGCUUAAAUUAAUGCAGUCAAGUCAGAUAACAGAAUAUUUUUCGGUCUUGGUCAACAUGGAUAUGUCUCUACAUUCAAUGGAAGUUGUAAAUAGGCUUACUACAGCAGUUGAUCUUCCUCCAGAAUUUAUCCACCUUUAUAUCUCCAACUGUAUUUCUACAUGUGAACAAAUUAAAGAUAAAUAUAUGCAGAAUCGGCUGGUUCGUCUCGUUUGUGUCUUCCUACAAUCCUUGAUUCGGAACAAGAUCAUUAAUGUACAGGACUUAUUUAUAGAGGUACAAGCAUUUUGUAUCGAAUUCAGUCGAAUAAGAGAAGCAGCUGGCCUUUUUCGAUUGCUGAAGACACUCGACACUGGUGAAAAUCCAUCAGAUACAAAGACUUCAAAAUAAGACUUAUUUGGAAAAAUGUUUUUUAUUGGAUUAGGACAUUGUAAGAUUUCUGUAUAGUUGACUUGCUUGCAAAUAAGAUGCGAUUUGUGCUGUAUUAAAUACUGCUUUUGUUUUGGACAA